CCGCGGUCCGCCCCACCCCCUCCCCGCCCUCCUUUACGGCAGUCGCAAAAAGGCCGUAAAAGGCGCCGUCCGCGGGAGGAGCCUGAGAAAAUCAGGAUCUUAUGGCACUUCGCAACAGCUAUCGUCUGCCAAAUAAAAACUCUGAGGCUAACCAAUCCAUGAGUGGGCAUCGGUCCUUAAAGAAGCGAUGUGGAGAGUCACAUUCAGAAUCUCCUGUAAGCUGUGGUCGUGUUCCUGCUGCAGGAUGUGUACUAAGCAAAUUAAUUCAGUUGCCUACACCUCCAUUGUCAAAGCACCAGCUCAAGCGAUUAGAAGAACACAAAUAUCAGAGUUCUGGACGGUCCCUGCUUGAGCCACUAAUGCAAGGUUAUUGGGAAUGGCUAGUUGGAAGAGUUCCAGCCUGGAUUGCCCCAAAUCUGAUCACCAUCGUUGGACUGUUAAUAAACAUAUGUACAACUCUAAUAUUAGUGUAUUAUUGCCCAACAGCUACGGAGCAGGCACCUCCGUGGACAUAUAUUGCUUGUGCAUGUGGCCUUUUCAUUUACCAAUCUUUGGAUGCUAUAGAUGGCAAACAAGCAAGAAGAACAAAUAGCAGUACUCCUCUGGGAGAACUUUUUGACCACGGCUGUGAUUCACUGUCCACAGUCUUUGUGGUUUUGGGAACUUGUAUUGCUGUGCAGCUGGGGACAAACCCUGACUGGAUGUUCUUUUGUUGUUUUGCUGGGACAUUCAUGUUCUAUUGUGCACACUGGCAGACAUACGUCUCUGGAACAUUGCGCUUUGGAAUAUUUGAUGCUACAGAGGCCCAGCUCUGUUUCAUAGUGUUCCAGUUUCUCACAGGAACUCUGGGUCCUUGGUUCUGGAACUAUACGAUUCCAGUUUUGAAUAUUCAGACGAAAAUAAUCCCAGCUCUUUGUACUGUAGCAGGAACCAUAUUCUCCUGUACAAACUACUUUGGUGUGAUCUUCACAGGUGGCGUUGGUAAAAAUGGAUCAACUAUAGCAGGAACAAGUGUCCUUUCACCCUUCCUUCAUAUUGGAUCAGUGAUCGCAUUAGCUGCAAUGAUCCACAAGAAAUCUGCUGUGCAGCUCUUUGAAAAGCAUCCCUGCCUGUAUAUACUUAUGUUUGGUUUUGUAUCUGCUAAAAUAACUAAUAAAUUGGUGGUUGCACAUAUGACCAAAAGUGAAAUGCAUCUGCAUGACACAGCAUUCAUAGGUCCAGCACUUUUGUUCCUGGACCAGUAUUUUAACAGCUUUAUUGAUGAGUAUAUUGUACUUUGGGUUGCCCUGAUAUUUUCCCUCUUUGAUUUGCUCCGAUACUGUGUCAGCGUGUGCAAUCAGAUCGCUUCCCAUCUGCACAUCUAUGUAUUCAGAAUCAAGGCCUCUUCUACACAUUCUAAUCACCAUUAGUGACCGUGCUGUCACCAGGAUAAGAAAUAAGAAACAGUUGUUUUCUUUGAGAGAGAAUAUGAACAUAUUUAGGAGACUAAGGCAAAAGGAGCAGAUGAGAACAAAUCUAAUUUAUAAUAAUCAAUGUUGUAUAACUUUUCUUUGUUACUGGUAUCACUCCUUAACUAGUCUCUGCCUAUGAGAGGGUGAAUUCCAGGUACACUGCAGUCAAAUAUACAUGUAGUCAACUCUACUGGUUCAGUUCCCAGGAAAGCAUGCAGGGAGUAAUGCUUUGUCUUUGUAAUUACCUUGAAUACAGAAUAAACUAUCUAUGGUGAAUGAAUACCCAGCAACUGAAAUUUCUAAUGUAGUAUAUUUACAAGCUGCAAUACAAUUUGCUUUAUAAUUUUAAUAUUUCAUCAUCUCUUAGUGAAAUACUUGUUUAGUGUCCAUUUGAAAUUUCUUUACUAAAAAGCUGAGCUUGUAAAACAGAGAUAUCCCACUAGCUUGCACAGCUGAAAUAGUGGUAGAGACUUUGAGUCCAGAUUGAUAUAGUUAAUUUGCUCUCAUAUUGCUGAGGAAAGCAGUUUGUUGCUUAAGAACAGUAUAUUUUGGUAGGGUCCUGUAAGUGGGUGGAGGCAAAUAUCAGCAUGCAACAUAGUGCGGUAUCUUUGUCAAUUAAUUUUAUUUUUUUAAUAAAUAUUAUCUAAAAAAAAAAAAGACUUAUUCUCCAUUUUCUUCAAUGGAAGGACUUGACAAGCAAAUUUUAUUGUUCCUUUUUUAUGUAUGAAACUUAAGCAAAAUUUUCUUUUUGCUCUUUAAUAAAAAAGAAAACUCUAAGA